GGCGCGCACUUCUUGCAGCAGCCAUGCUGUCCUAAUGAUUCAAUACAUCGAGCACCCUCCGCCAACGGAUGCGUGUCUCGCCACCGUCAGGUGAACGGUAGACCGGACGGCGGAUUCUGCGUCACUUUGCGGAUUCCCUUAUCUUCAGAUAGACUGGUGGGGGUCUGUGCAUGCGAUGUAAGGAUACUUGAGGGGCCACCUUUACUGGGUCAUAACCGCUUGUCAGAUGGGCCCGUGUUGCCAGGGAACAGCCUGGGAUGAAAAUUAAUAGUUUUGACUGACGAACAGAUUUGCCAUCUGUUUGGAACCUGUCCGAUAAUCGAUUCAGAACUGCUUUGUGAAGGGCGGAUGCUGCCGUCCCAUCCCAUCAAUUUUGAGCGUGUGUGUUUUAUUUGUGUGUCGGCUGUGACGUAUUUCUUUGUGGACCAGCCCACUAGCGGACGGAACAGGUGGCGCGUGGCUCUUUUGUAUCGGGUUUGGAUCAUGUCCUCUUUCCAAAACGUUGUCUCAGGACGGAAACCUAGCCCUAGCGCGGCAUGCACAUUCGUGUAAUUGCCUUGACCUCGUGAUCACUCCUUAGAGAACCCCAUGCUCGCCGAUCACUGUUAACCCCAACGCUCCGGUAAUCCUGACCGGUGUCUUGUAUACGAGACGAGAUGGCGCUGGGCCGAGGCACCAUAGAACUGGAACAUUUCGACGAGCGAGACAAGACACAUCGCUCGUCUCGCGCAGCCGACUUAGGUUCACAGGCUGGCUCGCGAGCCAGCAGUGUGGUUCCGAGCCCUGCGCACAGCGCCAAUAUUAGCUUCUACCGCACACGCACGCUUCAAACACUUACCUCAGAGAAACGUGCAAGGAAAGUGCGCUUCUACCGGAAUGGGGACCGGUGUUUUAAGGGGCUCGUGUUCGCCAUGUCCGGGGACCGCUGCCGCUCCUUCGAUGGGCUUCUGGCAGAGCUUACCCGCUCGCUCGCAGACAACCUUUACCUGCCGCAGGGGGUCCGCAGCAUCUACACCUUGGAUGGGUCGAAGAAGGUGACUGGCUUGGACGACAUCUUGGAAGGCGAGUGCUAUGUGUGUGCCUCGAACCAGCCCUACCGGAAGGUGGAGUACUCUAGCGUGGCCCAGCCCAGCUGGGGCUCCCGUAAGGCGGGGGCCGGGGGUGGCUCAGUGGCCCGUGGAGCAGGCCCCGGCCCUGGGGUCGGCUCAUCCGCUGUCCGUGACUUUGUGCGGCCCAAGCUGGUGACGGUGGUGAGGGGGGGCACACGGCCCCGCCGGGCGGUGAGGGUGCUGCUGAACAGGAAGACGGCCCACUCCUUUACCCAGGUGCUCAACGACAUCAACAACGCCUUCAAGCUGGAGGCGGGGGCCAUUCGCAAACUCUACACACUCGAUGGCAAGCAGCUUACGUGUCUGCAAGACUUCUUUGGGGAUGACGACGUCUUCGUGGCCUGUGGGAUGGAGAAGUUCCGAGUUCAGGAUGACUUUGUAAUGGCCAGCAAACCAUCACGCUCUUUUGUUAAUGAACUGAAAUCAUCUCGGGCCCUUAAGCCCAAGACCUCUGGAGCAGCACCUGGUGGGAAAGGUGGUGAAGUACUUGGAACCCAGAACUCAACAGUGAGAUCCAAAACCCCACCCAGCCCAGGGAGCCAACGCAGCCUCAAGAUCUCUGCUCGUUCCUCUUCACGUCAAGAGAGUAAGGAUGCGGAAGAGACAGCUCAGGAGAACCCUGAGGUGUCUUCUCUUAUCUCUGAGCGAUAUGAGGUGGGCAGAGUGAUUGGGGAUGGAAACUUUGCUGUAGUGAAGGAGUGUGUGGAGAGGUCUACAGGGCAGGAGUUUGCACUGAAAAUCAUUGACAAGGCCAAAUGCAGUGGAAAGGUCCGUCUUAGUAAGGAACACCUGAUAGCCAAUGAGGUGGCGAUUCUGCGGCGGGUGCGGCACCCCAGCAUCAUCAUGCUGAUUGAGGAGGUGGACACGACCAGUCAUCUCUACCUGGUCAUGGAGCUGGUUAAGGGAGGGGACUUGUUUGACGCCAUCACCUCUUCCACUAAGUACAGUGAGUGCGAGGCCAGCGCCAUGCUGUUCAACCUGAGUGCUGCUCUCAAGUACCUGCACCAGCUCAGCAUUGUGCACAGAGACAUCAAACCAGAAAACCUGCUGGUGUGUGAGUAUCCUGAUGGCACUAAGUCUCUGAAGCUUGGGGACUUUGGCCUGGCUACGGUGGUGGAUAAGCCUCUCCACACUGUCUGCGGAACACCUACCUACGUUGCUCCUGAGAUCAUUGCAGAGACUGGAUACGGGCUGAAGGUGGACAUUUGGGCGGCGGGCGUGAUCAGCUACAUCCUGCUGUGUGGUUUCCCUCCGUUCCGCUCAGAGAGAAACCAGCAGGAUGAGCUCUUCCAGAAGAUUCUAGAAGGCCGUCUGGAGUUCCCUGCGCCGUACUGGGACAACAUCAGCAGCACAGCUAAGGAUCUGAUUGGGCGGAUGCUGCAGGUGAAUGUUGGAAAUCGUUACAGUGCAGAAGAUGUGCUGUCACACCCAUGGGUUCUGGAUGAAUCAGAAAACAACGUGAAGCUCGAUUCACCCGACGAGUUGGACAGCAGCACAGCAGUGGAGACAGAGUCUGACCAUCUGAAUGACAAUGGUUAUGGGACUAGGUAAACGCACAGCAAGCUGCUGACUGAGAGACACGGGACUCCAGGCCGUCAAGGCAGACAAGACCAACAAACCAACCAGGACUGCGUUUCCCACUUGUGCUCUUGUGCUACGACCAUCGUAACUAAAAGAGUGUUCAAAGUGAUAGCUGCUCGAUCACUUCACUUAACCGUGACUUUACGGUGUAACACUAAGACUUCUGGGAAAUGCAGUCCAGAUGCAACCUACCCACACCAGAUGCCUCUCCCUUCACCUUUCCGCUGGCCUGCCAGCCCCACUGUGCUGCCGCCCUCUCUUUCUAGAGCUCUCCAGUCCUCCUCCUCUUGCUCUUCAGAUAUACUACAGAUAGAUGUAGCCAUUCAUGUCUCUAUUCAGUGUAUCCAUGAGUCGUAAAAGCCUUCAGUCAUUAAGGUAAAUGUGUGCGAGUGUUUGUGUGUGGGUGUGAGAAAGCCAGGGGGAGAGAAAGAGACCGUUCUUGCUUUGCAUUUAGGUUUGUUAUGAAAAAAGCCAAUGAAACUACUGAAGGAAAACAGGCUCAGAUUCUUUGUGUGGUGUAUAGUAUGUAGUGUGUGCAUGUGAUUCGGCAAGUCUUUUGCUUAUUUGAGUCUCUGUUGUUUAAAAAAAAAAGAAAAAAAUGCCAGUGGAAGUUUUGCAGAAAGCCUACGUCUGUGUUUGAGUGGGCCUGUGUAUGAAUGUGUGUGUGUGUGUGCGUUUCCAAAGAAAUGUGCAUCUUUGAUUCCCAUCCCUAGUCAAGUAGGACAAGAGGCUAAGAUGCUCUUCUGUCAGAUUUUUGUACAUUAAAGUUCAUUCCUCGA